CGGGGUUGUUGUGUGAAGAUGGCGGCCGAACUAGUGGAGGCGAUGAAUGAAUCCUGUAACCAGUUCCAAGCCCUUUGGUAAAUUUGGUCUCUUUCUUUCCAAUGGGCCUGUGUUCCCUGCCUCUGGCCUGUAGAAGAUGGUGAAGAGUUUUCGGGUGUCGGACCUACAGACCCUCCUGACCUCUAUGGGCCGCAGUAAAAGUGGGCUGAAGCAGGACCUAGUGGGGCGUGCUCUGCGGCUAGUGCAAACCGAAUACAGCCCGGAGCUGCUGAAGAACAUUCGUCAACUGUAUGAAUCACGCUUCCCCAAGGCGCCGGGUUGGGCAACGCAGCGACGCCCUGAGCUGGGGGUGGGGCCAGGGCUGGCCAACUCCACGACAGCCUACUCCACCCAUGGCUCUCCGUCUGCCUCCAAUGUGCACAGUGCUGACUACCUCAAUGGUUUGCCUAAGCCAUCACCCAGCCCAGCUUCUGAGGUCAAGCUGUGCCCUCUGCCCUUCUAUAAAACCCUGGAAACGUUGAUGUCCCCCACAGAGCUGGUCAUACAGAACAGUGAUAAGCUGCAGGAUAGUUCGUGCUCCUUUGAGCUGACACAGAGUCAAGUGGACCAGAUAAGGAACUGCAGAGAGCUCCGACCAGGAAUCAAGUCAAUCCAGGUGGUGCUCAGAAUCUGUUACACAGAUGCAGUAGGUGUUCAGGAGGACCAGUACCCACCUAACAUAGCUGUGAAAGUGAAUCAGUCGUACUGUCAUGUACCAGGUUACUACCCCUCCAACAAGCCCGGCGUGGAACCCCGGCGGCCGUGUCGCCCCGUCAACAUCACGCCCUGGCUACACCUGUCCACCGUCACCAACCACGUCACCAUCACAUGGGGCAACUUUGGAAAGAGGUACUGCGUGGCGCUGUACCUUGUGCGGGUUUUCACUGCAGCAGAGCUUUUCAAUCAGUUGGAGACGUGCUCUGUGGAGAGUGCCGACCGGUGCCGAGAGCGCAUUCAGGAGAAACUACGCUUUGACCCAGAGAGUGAGAUUGCGACUACCGGCCUGCGAGUGUCACUCAUAUGCCCGCUGGUGAAGAUGCGACUGGGCGUGCCCUGCCGGGUGCUGACGUGCGCCCACCUGCAGUGCUUCGAUGCAGUCUUCUUCCUGCAGAUGAACGAAAAGAAACCCACCUGGACUUGUCCUGUGUGUGAUAAACCGGCCCCGUUCGAGCUGCUCGCCAUUGACGGGCUGCUGUCUGAAAUUUUGAAGGAAACUGAGGAUGUGGAGGAGAUUGAGUACUUGGCUGACGGCUCCUGGAGGCCAAUCAGAGAGGAGAAGGAGAAAGAGCGUAGUAGCACGCCAGAGUGCCCCCUAUUGGAUAUUUGCUCUCCAGAAACGAACGGCCACUCUCCUGCACACGCGAGCAGUACCAGCUCGAGUGGGAAGGCGGGGCCUGCUAACUCUGGCGCGGGCCUGGGGCCGUCAGCGGGAGUGGGGGGUGGAACAGUGGUGGACCUUACUUUGGAGACUUCUUCUGAGGAAGAGGAUUCUGGUGGCAGGUUGGGUGACAGUGAUGAGACUGAUGACAGCCAGGACAGUCCGCCUUCCAAAAAAGGGCGAUACGGCUAUGACAAAGAUCUGGUCACUGCGUACUGACCGCCGUGAGUCACAGACUGAAAGCGACAUAUGGGACUUGCCACAUCAAAAGCAGGACUGGAAGGAACAACUGUCAGGCCCUUCAGCCUCGUACCCCGGCACGCAUACACAGGACAGACACACGCCUUCCUCAUUCAGACAUCCGAAACACUUGCAUACACCGAAGCCCUAUCAGAAAAUACUGCUGCACAACAAAGGAACAUUAAAAAUGCAGAUACCCGAACAUCUCUACGUCCUCACCACUGCCAGUGAACUUGGUUAAUGGUAGACCCACUGUAAUCUCCAUGUAACUCACUAUCUGUUGCUCGUAUUUGUUCCCCUUUUGCCUUUGAUUUUUACGUCCGCGACGCUCGAUGAGAACGGUCCUGACAUUCACCUCCAUCGGUAGAUUUAAGCGUGGAAUUCGGGCCCAGAAAAAACGGUGGAAAAAUACAGUACGUCUGUUAUAAUCUUAAAUAUGUGCCCCCCCCCUUAUUUAUUGCAAAAAUAUAAACAUACAAAGCAGUGCUUGUGGUUUCAAGUAAA